CAAGAGGAGGACGAGGAUGUCGAGGCCGUCAAGCAAGAGAUGCGAUUCACGAAACAAGAGUCAUUGUCGAGUACCCGUAACGCCGUCCGCAUGGCCGCAGAAGCCGAAGAGACCGGCCGAAACACGCUUGCGAGGUUGGGAGCGCAGAGUGAUCGUAUCUCGAACGUCGAGCGGUCUCUUGAUAUUGCGGCGAACGCGUCUCAUCGCGCGGAGGAGAAGGCGCGGGAGUUGAAGACACUUAAUCGUUCGAUGUUUGCGAUUCAUGUUGCUAAGCCGUGGGGACGUGCGAAGCGUCAGGAAGAGGAGGAAAUGCGUAUUACGGAGCGUCAUGAGACUGAACGUAACGAGCGUGAAGCGAACAGGAAGUACGCAUAUGAUUCUCAGCGCCGUGUCGAUGCUGCACUGAGCGGGAAGGACCAGGGUAAGACCACUUGGGCUGAGAGGAAACAGGCGAGUUUGGCGGAGAGGUCGAAGUACCAGUUUGAGGCUGAUGAACAGGACGAUGAGGUCGAGAAGGAGAUUGAUUCGAAUUUGGAUACGCUUUCUGGUGUUGCGAGUAGGCUUAGGGGAUUGGCUGUUGCGACGAACGAGGAGAUUACGAUGCAGAACGCGAAGCUUGACAGGAUUGGGGACAAGGGAGAUAACUUGGAUACCCGUAUGCAUCUCAACACUGAGCGUUUGAAGCGUAUCAGGUAG